AGAAUAAGUGUAACGUCUGUCCUAAUCUAAUUUUCAGGCACAUCUCCAGACUUUGACUUGGCUGAAGUAACUCAUGCCACAGACCCAUGCACAUGCCUGGAAUUGAGAGACACAGGUAAAAGAUUCCAAAUCGCUACCUGCCUUUUGAAAACUCCAGAAAACCAUCCCUUCAGACUCUGGAAUUCUACACAUCUCAACCAAGACUUUGCUUGAAUGUUUACAUUUUCUGCUUGGUGUCCUACAUAUCACUAUAUAGUGUUCACAUUUUAUUAAAACUUACGAGCGUCAGAAGUUGAGCUUUCUCAGCGAGCCAGCAUGGCUAGGGUGAGCUUUGUCGCAGCAGCUUGCCGGUUGGUGCUGGGCUUGCUGAUGACUUCGUUAGCUGAGUCUUCCAUGCAGAAUAGUGAGUGUCCACAACUUUGCGUGUGUGAAAUCCGUCCCUGGUUUACCCCACAGUCCACGUACAGAGAAGCCACCACCGUGGAUUGCAAUGACCUCCGCUUAACAAGGAUUCCCAGCAACCUUUCUAGUGACACGCAAGUGCUUCUCUUACAGAGCAAUAACAUCGCCAAGACUGUCGAUGAGCUGCAGCAGCUUUUCAACUUGACUGAGCUAGAUUUCUCCCAGAACAACUUCACAAACAUUAAGGAGGUAGGGCUGGCAAACCUGACCCAGCUCACCACUCUGCAUUUGGAGGAAAACCAGAUUACAGAGAUGACUGAUUACUGUCUGCAAGACCUCAGUAACCUUCAAGAACUCUACAUCAACCACAACCAGAUUAGCACUAUUUCUGCUAAUGCUUUUUCAGGCUUAAAAAAUCUUUUAAGGCUCCACCUGAACUCCAACAAAUUGAAAGUUAUUGAUAGUCGCUGGUUUGAUUCUACACCCAACCUGGAAAUUCUCAUGAUUGGAGAAAACCCUGUGAUUGGAAUUCUGGAUAUGAACUUCAAACCCCUCUCAAAUUUGAGAAGCUUAGUUUUGGCAGGAAUGUAUCUCACUGAUAUCCCUGGAAAUGCAUUAGUGGGCUUAGAUAGCCUCGAGAGCCUGUCUUUUUAUGAUAACAAACUGGUCAAAGUCCCUCAACUUGCCCUGCAAAAGGUUCCAAAUUUGAAAUUCUUAGACCUCAAUAAAAACCCCAUUCACAAAAUCCAAGAAGGGGACUUCAAAAAUAUGCUCCGGUUAAAAGAACUGGGCAUCAACAAUAUGGGGGAACUCGUUUCUGUUGACCGCUAUGCCCUAGACAACUUGCCUGAACUCACAAAGCUAGAAGCCACCAACAACCCCAAACUAUCUUAUAUCCACCGCUUGGCUUUUCGAAGCGUUCCUGCCCUGGAAAGCUUGAUGUUGAACAAUAAUGCCUUGAAUGCCGUUUACCAAAAGACGGUCGAAUCCCUUCCCAAUCUUCGUGAGAUCAGUAUCCACAGCAAUCCCCUGAGGUGCGAUUGUGUCAUCCACUGGAUUAACUCCAACAAAACAAACAUCCGCUUCAUGGAGCCCUUGUCCAUGUUCUGUGCCAUGCCACCCGAAUACAAAGGGCAGCAGGUGAAGGAAGUUUUAAUCCAGGAUUCAAAUGAACAAUGCCUCCCAAUGAUAUCUCAUGACACAUUCCCAAAUCAUUUAAACAUGGAUAUCGGCACGACAGUUUUCCUAGACUGUCGGGCCAUGGCUGAACCAGAACCUGAAAUUUACUGGGUCACUCCCAUUGGAAAUAAGAUAACCGUGGAAACCCUUUCAGAUAAAUACAAGCUAAGUAGUGAAGGUACCUUGGAAAUAUCUAACAUACAAAUUGAAGACUCAGGAAGAUACACAUGUGUUGCCCAGAAUGUCCAAGGGGCAGACACUCGAGUGGCAACAAUUAAGGUUAAUGGAACCCUUCUGGAUGGUACCCAGGUGCUAAAAAUAUAUGUCAAGCAGACAGAAUCCCAUUCCAUCUUAGUGUCCUGGAAAGUUAAUUCCAAUGUCAUGACAUCAAACUUAAAAUGGUCAACUGCCACCGUGAAGAUUGACAACCCCCACAUAACGUAUACUGCCAGGGUCCCAGUGGAUGUCCAUGAAUACAAUCUCACACAUCUGCAGCCUUCCACAGAUUAUGAAGUGUGUCUCACAGUGUCCAAUAUUCAUCAGCAGACUCAAAAGUCGUGCGUAAAUGUCACAACCAAAAAUGCUGCCUUCGCACUGGACAUCUCUGACCAAGAAACCAGUACAGCCCUUGCUGCAGUGAUGGGGUCUAUGUUUGCUGUCAUUAGCCUUGCGUCCAUUGCUGUGUACUUUGCCAAAAGAUUUAAGAGAAAAAACUACCACCAUUCACUAAAAAAGUAUAUGCAAAAAACCUCUUCAAUCCCACUAAAUGAGCUGUACCCACCACUCAUUAACCUCUGGGAAGGCGACAGCGAGAAAGACAAAGAUGGUUCUGCAGACACCAAGCCAACCCAGGUUGACACGUCCAGAAGCUAUUACAUGUGGUAACUCAGAGGAUAUUUUGCUUCUGGUAGUAAGGAGCACAAAGACGUUUUUGCUUUAUUCUGCAAAAGUAACAAGUUGAAGACUUUUGUAUUUUUGACUUUGCUAGUUUGUGGCAGAGUGGAGAGGACGGGUGGAUAUUUCAAAUUUUUUUAGUAUAGCGUAUCGCAAGGGUUUGACACGGUUGGCAGCAACUCUAGGCUUCCAGUUUGUGGGGUUUUUAAAUUCUUAUCAUUAUUAUGAUUAUUAUUAUAUUAUUAUUAUUUUAUUUUAGUUUGUUGUGCUAAACUCAAUAAUGCUGUUCUAACUACAGUGCUCAAUAAAAUGAUUAAUGACAGGUUGGGGUUCCCCUGUGCUUUUACCAGUAGCGUGACCCCUUCUUCUGAAGCCAUCAGUAGAAAGUACCAUGUCCUCCAAAAAGCUAACAUACGGUUUUGAAGCAGCAUUGAACCUUUUGUAGCAAUCUGGUCUACAGACUUUUAACUCAAGAAGCUAAGGCUAGACUUGUUACCUUUGUUGAAUGAUGUUAGUUGACUGUACUGUAAUGUUGUAUCAACUGAAUUGAAUGUUUGCCUUUGAACAAUGACUUUUCCUUUUCUUUUGUAAUAGUUAAAGAGGCUUAGAAUAAGCUAACAGGCAAUAGAAAUAUGUAUAUCAGAUUUUUUAAUGUAACAAACUACAUGUUAAUUGUUACCUUAUUCUUUUUAUCUUUAGUAGACACUUUUAAAAGAAAAGACAAUAAUUUUGUUGUGUUUAACUCACCAACAUGUGGUGUAUAAUGAAGACAGAACUAUAAUAAAUUAGUUUUGUUCUGAUUUUUUA